AUUCACAUAAUACCUUUAAUACCACUCACAUUUCUGCUGUAGGGGCUCCUCAAACAUGAUCUUUGUUCUGCUAACAUUAAGGCCUAUAAUGGGAAUUGUACCAAUGCCUUGAUUGAUAGUGAAAGAUGAUAACAAUAAUUCAAUUAUUAGGGGCCAGAUACUGUUGAUUAAAUGCUCAGACAUUGAACUAACAGAAGCAAAGGAAAAGAACAUGUCUUUCUGGUUUUUGCUCCAUAAGGAAACAGCUUAAGAGAAACCUCUACCGUAGACCGAAUGUGAUGGACAUGGUUAAGACCCUUUAAAGUUUCAAUCAUGGUGGAUCUUGAUUCAGAGGGGACUGAACAACCCUCUACUGUUAACAAUAUGUCCACUAAAAAGAAGGAGCUUCUUUCCACUGCUAUGAAGAGGACCUCUGAUUGGAUUUUCUCCCAAGAGAUCCCAAGUGAUGUAACUGUAAAUGCAGGCGGAUCCGCCUUUUCACUGCACAAGUUCCCUUUAGUUUCAAAGAGUGGCUACAUAAGGAAGAUUAUCUCAGAAUCCAAUGAUGCUGAUGUUUCUAUAGUCGAAAUCCCUGAUAUACCCGGUGGAUCAGAUGCAUUUGAACUUGCUGCAAAAUUUUGUUAUGGAAUAAAUUUUGAGAUAAGCACAGAAAACAUUGCCUUGCUGAGAUGCACAGCGGAAUAUCUUGAGAUGACAGAAGACUAUGCAGUUGGGAAUUUGGUUGGAAGAACUGAGGCCUACUUAAAUGAAGUAGCUCUUAAAAGCCUAGCUGGCGCAGUUUCAAUUUUGCAUUCUUCAGAAAGCCUUCUUCCCAUUGCAGAGAAAGUAAAAAUGGUUAGUCGAUGCAUCGACACAAUUGCAUAUAUUGCAUGCAAGGAUAACCAAUUCUGCACAUCAGGUAGAGCAGAGGCUGGUACUAACGGAUUGAAUUCGUCCACGUUUUCAAACCCGAAGCCUAUGGUUGAUUGGUGGGCUGAGGAUUUAGCUGUCCUUAGAAUUGAUUUUUUCCAAAGGGUUCUAAUUGCAAUGAUGGGAAGAGGAUUCAAGCAGUAUGCACUUGGACCAAUAUUAAUGCUAUAUGCACAGAAGUCUCUUCGAGGUUUGGAAAUAUUUGGAAAGGGAAGGAAAAAAAUUGAGCCAAAACAAGAACAUGAAAAGAGGGUUGUUUUAGAAACAAUUGUUAGUCUUCUGCCAAGGGAGAAAAAUGCAUUGUCAGUUAGCUUUCUGUCAAUGCUGCUCCGAGCUGCAAUAUAUCUAGAAACCACAGUUGCUUGCAGGCUUGACUUGGAGAAGAGGAUGGCAUUGCAGCUUGGACAGGCUGUGUUAGAUGAUUUAUUGAUUCCUUCAUAUUCCUUCACAGGGGACACAUUGUUUGAUGUUGAAACCGUGCAGCGUAUCAUCAUGAAUUUCCUUGACAAUGAAAUGGAUGGAAGUCGAUUGGGAGAUGAGGAGUAUGUGUCUCCUUCAUUAAGUGACAUGGAGCGGGUUGGGAAACUUAUGGAAAAUUACCUUGCUGAAAUAGCCUCAGACCGUAAUCUAUCCGUUUCAAAAUUCAUUAGUCUAGCUGAAGUCAUCCCAGAGCAAGCAAAGAUCACUGAAGAUGGGAUGUACAGGGCAAUUGAUAUUUAUUUGAAGGCACAUCCAGCUCUAAGUGAUAUGGAAAGAAAAAAAGUUUGCGGUGUUAUGGACUGUCAAAAGCUAUCUAGAGAGGCUUGUGCUCAUGCUGCUCAAAAUGAUAGGCUCCCUGUUCAGACAGUUGUGCAAGUACUUUACUACGAGCAGCAACGCCUUCGUGAGGUCAUGGACGGGAGCCAACUUGUAGCAACUGAACCUCCAGCUCUAAUUCCUUCUAAAACUAAUCAGUUCUCCACUGAUAUCCGUCCUAUUUCAGAUGAGGUCUCUAGUCUAAAACGAGAAAAUCAGGAGCUGAAAUUUGAGUUGCUAAAGAUGAAAAUGAGGUUGAAAGAAAUUGAAAAACCUUCAAACAAAUCAGCUACUAGCAGCCCUUUGGUCAUCACUCAUCCAUCUGCUGAUAAACCUCCUUUGCCAAGAAAACCAUCUAAUUUCAUAAGCUCAGUAUCCAAAAAGCUUGGAAAAUUUAUUCGAGCAGAUGGACUCACAGCCAACAAAGGCCGAAAUAAACCAAGUAAAGACAGGCGUCAUUCUAUAUCCUGAUUUGAGCUAGCUAUAUUUGUCGUUGGGUUGAAGAAUUAUUACUGCAUUGUCUGAACAUAUAUGAUACUGGAUUCAAAUUUUAGUUUUUAUUUUAGUCGUGCGAGUUGUAUGGUAAAGUAUAAAUUUGGUCAGACUUUAAUCCAAAAAUUGUAUUUAGAUGGACGUGGACGACUUCCUGUACAUUAUCUAUGAAAGAUUUUUAAUCUUGGUUUCUCUUA